AUGGGCCUUCCGGGUGAGGAUUCGUUGGACAGCCUGCGCGAGAAGUCGACAUCGGUCACCUUUGGAAUCACCUUUGGAAUCACCUCGCCCAUAGCCAUGUCUCCAGGGGCACAGAGUCCAUCAGGCAUCCAGAGUCCCCCACCCGAACAGCAACAGCAACAGCAACAGCACCAACACCCGCAUGUCGACCAUGCCAAAGAGAAGCUCCGCCAUUUCAUCCAUCCCGAUGGCCGGAAAAUCCACAUCGCCCACACACCUGAAGAACAUGUCAAACUCCGGAAGGAGCUGAGCCAGCAGCACGGCCCAGACGACUUCGACGUCGUGAUAUCUGGCACCCCAGAACACCUCGCUAUCAUUCGCGAACUACACGCACAUCACACGGCCCGACGCGAAACGCUGCGGGAUACUCAUGGUGAAAUCUUCCACGAAUUCGAGCAGGUCAGAGAUGACUUGGACCAUCUGUCCAGCGAACUUAACCAAUUAACUCACCACGGAGUAGCCUUGGACGCAAACUUCAGCAAGUUCGGGUACACGGCGCGCAUCCGCACCAAGGACGACCACAGCGGGUCAUCCACGCCGUCGCAUGCCUCAACACCAUCCAGCUCAGAGCAGACUCUGCUCGACAAGCACCAGAGCCGCGUUGUCGAUGGCAUGAAGUUCUUUAAACGGCCCGUCAUCCGCCAGUAUUUCCACAAGGGCCUGUUGUGGCGCUCUGCCCGCAGCGGCGAGGUCGGCACCUUUGAACUGUUUGCCGACUUGCUUUACGUCGGCAUCAUCGGCAUCAUUGGGGACAAGGCGGCCGAGGACCCAACGGGGAAGUCGUUCUUGGUGUAUGCCAUCAACUUCACCAUGGCUUUCAAAAUCUGGAACGAUCUCACACUCGUUUCGAACUGGUUCGAACGAGACGACGUCGUCCAGAAGCUGUCUGUCAUGCUCUACCUGAUCCUUCUCUUCGCCUAUACCACCAAUAUAUCCUACGCGUUCGAGACGAGACACCCCGGUGGAGAGCACGACACAUAUAUACCCAUGAUGUCCUUCUAUCUCGCCGAACGCUUCUAUGGCGCCCUGUACUUUACCUGGCUCUCCUACGUCGUGCCCCUGAUUCGAGGCACCCUCCUGUACACAUCCUUUAUCAUCCUCCUCGCCAUCGUGUUUUGGGUCAGCAGCAUCCAUGUCAACUACCCCGGCCAACUGGCCCUUAUCUGGAUCGCCAUCGUUAUCGAUCUCUGGGGACAAGGGUUCGGCAUGUUCCUCUCGCGCGCCUCUUUUCGACAUUCGCGCGAGCCGAGCAGUCGCAGGGAGCGGUUCAUUCGGAAGUACUUUGAAUUCUAUCCGGCUAUCAACAUCGAGCACCGCACCGAGCGCACAAACGCGUUUGUAUCGCUGGUCUUUGGCUACUCGGUGCUCACCAUUCUCUACCAGUCGCGCGCCAGUGUCGGCCUCAACGCCUUUUUGGGUAAAGGCAUCCUCGGUCUUAUACAAGCUUUUGCUUUUCAAUGGCUAUACUUUGAGAUUGACCAUCAAGGGGUCCACGUGCAUGCUAUCCGCCGCCACUGGCUCUCCAGCACCGUCUGGAUCACCUGCCAUUUGCCCUUCGUGCUAUCCUACGUCCUGGCAGCCGCGACGCUGUCGAAACUCGUCCUUGCGCACGACUGUGCAAACGCCAACAUCGAGGACCUGGGCGAAACCUACCAGCUGAAAUCGGUCGCCGACAUCGACGUCGGUCUCCGCUGGUAUUAUUGUGGGGGCAUCGCCGCAGCCCUUCUCUCCAUGAACCUACUCUCAUUUUGCCACGUGCACAAGAAGCUGGAGAACCCGCGCCUGGGGAAAGGGCCUCGCCUGAUCAUCCGCUCGUGCAUUGCCAUCACCAUCCUCCUCCUCCCACUGGCCAAGCAUCUUUCGUCCAUUAGCCUGAUCGGCACGACGGUGGCAUUGGUGUCGCUGGCGCUGGCGCUGGACAUCUUCGGCAUGUCGUGCACGGGCGACCGCUUCUGGACUGGCGGCUGGUGUGACGAGACGAAACGCUGCACCCAGUACGAGGCCCGCAUCCGGUGCAGCAGGCGCAAGAAGCAGGACAUCAUCAAGGCCAUGCACCGCGGUGAGACGGUCCGGCUGGAGGAGCUGCUCCGGCGCCAGAGCACAAACUCGAGCGCCAUGAGCAGUCAGACCGAGCUGGGGUUGAGCGAGAAGCCCGGAGACGAGGAGUGGCAGCACGCCGCCUUGUGA